AUGGGCAAGAAGGAGGUAGCUGUCCUGGGGGACGAUCUUCGUCUCCUGUUGCUUCCACGUCGUCACCCUGGUCAUCUGAGCUCAAUCGCCCACUUCCACCUCACAGUCUUCAACGUCUUGCGAUCCACAAUCAGUAUGGGACUCGAAAAGCAAUCCUCGAACAAGGUCUUUGGCGGCGAAGUCACAAAGUAUUCCUUCAAGUCCUCCGUCCUGGGCGACCUCUCUGCCAACCUGAACCUCUACCUCCCACCCUCCGCUUCCUCCUCGAAGAAGGUGCCCAUCCUCUACUUCCUCGCCGGACUCACAUGUACAGAGGACAAUGCUGCUCAGAAAGGUGGCAUGUUCGAGGCUGCCUCCCAAGAAGGCAUUGCCUUGUGCUUCCCUGACACCAGCCCAAGGGGAGCCAAGAUCGAGGGAGAAGACGAGAGCUAUGACUUUGGUAGUGGAGCUGGGUUCUACAUCAAUGCUACCAAGGACCCUUGGAGCAAGCACUACAAGAUGUACGACCACAUCGUAAAGGAGAUCCCAGAGCAGCUCAAAGCAGCCGACCUCCCCAUCGACUUCUCCAAGUCGUCCGUCUUCGGCCACAGCAUGGGUGGUCACGGAGCCCUCACUCUCUACCUCAAGGGAGAGGCUAGCUUCAAGUCCUGCUCGGCCUUCUCGCCCAUCUGCCACCCUACAGCCUGUCCUUGGGGAGAAAAGGCCUUCAAGGGCUACUUGGCUGGUGGUGUAGAGGAAGGCAAGCAGCAUGAUGCGACUGAGUUGGUCGCUGCUGCAAAGGGCAAAAAGCUCAACAUUCUGCUCUGUCAAGCUGACUUUUGCCCUUGCGGCAUCCUGCUCUACAGGAUCGACUCAGGUCUAGGAGACAACUUCUACCAGCAAAAGCAGCUUCUACCAGAAGACUUCCAGGAGGCAGCUCGCAAGAGUGGCCACGGGGAGGACGAGGUCAACAUCCGACUGCAGGACGGCUACGAUCACUCCUACUUUUUCAUCUCGACAUAUGCGCCGGAGCACAUCCGGUGGCACGCCAAGUUCCUCAAGUGA